CCAGACCACUUUUUUUUUUCGCUGGGAAGAAUUCAUUAUAAGGGCGCAGAACAAUUUGAAUUUCAAUAAUUUGAUGUUGGCCGACGUCCUUCAAGGAAAAAAAACUACAAUAUUUUUGCAUCUUCUUUCAUCUCAAUUAUAAAUACUUCUUGAGCAGAAGCAAGAAGAUCUUCAAUGUGACAGACACACAAGCUGCAAGAAAGUAACAGCGAAAAAUUACGUUACGUAUACGUACCUUCAACGAAUCGAAAAAAAGUUUGCACAGUAAUUGAAAAAGGUGUGAGCAAACCUACGAUAAAAAUUGUCGCAAAAAUACAAAACCAUGGCGAAGUUUCGUAGAAAGCAGAAGCAGCGGUGGCCGCUCAGGCUCGCCUGCGCGACCGUGGCCUCCACGUCUGCGGCCCAGUGGCACAAGCGGGGAGGGCUACCGGGGGCUGCGCGCAGGCUUGAUCGGGAAGUAGUAGAUUUGACAGCGGGAGCGGUGCGCCGGCGGAGCGGGUGGAGUACUACUAGCACGAGAAGCGGAGCAACCACUUCGCCCCUGCGCGAAGAGCCGCCGUUCAGCACCAGCACCGUGACUAUGCAGUUCGAAAGUAUCGUACUAGUAGUAGAAAUCUUCGCAUGACAAAUUCCCUCAGCAUUUUUACAAGGAGAAUUUAUGAAUGCGGACUCGGACUCGCCUAAAGAAAUACAAAUAAGAGACUUGUAAAAAUGCAUGACUGCGAUAAGUACGAAACGAGUACGAUAGUUUUGCACAGGAUAGUGACGUAUCAAAUGUAAAAAAGUCUGGGUCUGGAAAAUUGGAACUUGUAAUGCUAGCUUUACAUUCCUGGCAAAUCUGUAUUGCAUAACGGACAAAAGCCGUGCCCAUUUUUGUCAUGCAAAAACGCGGUUUCUCAUGCGGGCUGCCUAUGAGAAAGUGCUCCGGAAAUUUGUCAUGCUGGUCUGCAUUCGGAAGUGUUUCCAUCAUGCACAUUUUAGCGUCACAAGUUUCCAGACCCAGACACUUUUACAUUUGAUAUGACGUCGUUUAACACCCCACCCGACGUGGUGGAUGUGGGGCCCGUAUCUAAUGCAAAUGUGUCGUCCCGGUGGUCGGGAAUCGCAAACUUGUGAUGCUGGUCGAGAAAGACGAGUACGCCGCAAAGGACUCGCAAGCAUGACACGUUUUGGAGGUGCUACAGUGUUGUUCGUUGUCUAUUCUGCAUGACGAAGGGAGCAGCUCCUGCAUGGCAGAAAAUUGGGCGGGCAAUUGGGUAUACUAACGUGCAUGACAGACUUGAGAGUCAUGAUAGCCAAGCAUGACAAACACUGCAUCUACUUUAUUCCAGACUUCCCAGACAACUAUUUGCAAUGGAUAGGCCGCGGCCAGCAGUUUAUCAAAUGUAAAAAUGUCUGGGUCUGGAAGAGUCAUGGAUGCUGUUUCUGCAUGACACGGAAGGUCUGGCAUGGAAGCUCUAGCAUCGCAGGUUUCGAGAAGCUUCCGCAAUGCCGAACCCGCAUAUCAAAUCCCCCAUUUUGGUGACAGAAAGUGGGCAGCUUUUGCUACGCAUGCAUGAGAAGUUUCUGUGUGUUCUGAAAUGCGCAUCACAGGUUACAUCCUUCCAGACCCAGACAUUUUUGCACUUGAUACAGUUACGUCACGGUUGCGGAAAACUCGGAAGUUUUAGAAGAUGGCUUAUGACUUGCUCAAAUCGGUUACCAUCUCAAACCUUACAAUAGAAUCUGGCAUUUGUGUUGCAUGAUGAGCAUGACAGGCCCGCACAGCGUUCCACCUUUUGCAAUACAAAUUUCGCCAGAUUUUUGUCGUUGGGUUUUUUAGGGCUCCGGAGCUUGUCAUGGGCAAUCACCUUUGACACUUGGCUAGAUCAUACAAUCUUGCAUCACGGAAUUCAAUAUUCUAUUGUAACGCUUGAGAUUGUAACACCUGAGCGGGUUAUAUGGCUUCAUCCCGAUUUCCACCGGUUUCAGCGCAUUCUCCUCGUCGUCGUCCACCUCAACAUUCCGCGAAAAUCGCCGCGGAGAUGGUAAAGGAGUACUACCGGAGCUCGAAGGGGAACCAAGAGCAGAAUCACCAUUCUCCUUCACGCCUGCCCCUCUGUCUCUGCUCCAGCGCAUGCAACAGCGGAUGCAGCUCCGGCUGAGGGCGGACAAACUGAAAAAGGCAAAAAAAAUGGUGAGCCCACCAGAGGCGGAAUAUCUGCCCACCUACAACGAAAUUACGAACCUGUCGCUGGACGUCCAUAUCAAAGGGGAAAGGAAUGUUGCCCGCUACUCACUACUUGUACUUGUACACGACCAGCAUCGGCGAAAAUUUGAAUUUCGUUUGUCAUAAAGAUGAAUCAUUAGAAAAAGACAAGGACACGUCACGAAGUCAAUGCUACUUGGCAAUCAAUUGCUUAUGUGUGAGCAGGAACGAAGAUGCUGCUGUUGGUAGUUGGCAGACUUUCUACUUUCAUAGUGCAAGUCCGAGAUUUGGUGGGCGUUGUGGACCGCCUCAAAGGUAAGUACGCAAAAACAAUCUACGAUGGAAGAUCAUGCCCCAUGUAUCAAAUAUCGUAGAAGUCGAGAUGUGGAUCUCUAUCUCAGCAUCAACCAAUUUAAUAUCGAAUUCUCAAAUUCUGUGCGCAUAAGUACCUUUCUUGGCCGGCUAGCACUAGGUUUACUAAAUGGCAGAUAGGACUGAUGUAUAAAGAUGACUUUGAACCAGAACCUAUACACUUACACAGAUGACGGAACAAAUUACGACGGGCCCAAUUCCUGCAUCAAGCACAACUGCAAUGUGAGACUUGACAACCGCGACAUAACAUACCGGUUGGACGUGGAUAAGAAGUGCGGUGGAGACAACCCCUCCUGCGACGACGUUUGCUUAUCCCAUGAAAAAAGCGUUUCACUGUGAUGAUUUUGUUGGAUCAGCAUCACAAGUUUGCUACACAUGAUACAGAAAAUUCGCCAUGCGCGGCGCUCCUUUCCAAGCGAAUAAAACACGCUGAGAAAUCCAUUGUCUUGCUGCAGGUGCAGCAAGACAAACUCGUUUAGAUAUGUGUUGUUUCAUUCAUCACAUCUCUGCAUCACAGGUUCACAGUGAAACAGUUUCUUCCUGGGAUAUCGCUGCCCGUAUGUGUACUGCAUGGUGGAUUUGACGGACGCGUCGAUUGACCACAUGUACAGUGGCAUGUCAAAACAUUUGAAGGUGAAGCGCGACGACGGUUAUGCAUUGCAAAUACGUCGCUCGGGUCUGGAAACAAGGUUGAACCUGUAUUGCUUGUCCAGCAUUUUUCCUGAAAAAUCUGUAUUGCAUAAAAGCAGCGAUAAAACCGCCGCAAGUUCGUCAUGACGAGUCGCACUUUGUAAUGCGCACUAAGCACCAUCAGAAAGCUUUUGAAAUAUAAGGUUGUCAUGCUACACUGCGCUCAAAGGCGCACUCAGUCAUGACCAUUAUAGCAUAAUUACAGGUUUCCAGACCGAGACAUAUUUGCACUCGAUAGCGGUAGUAGCGCCGACACCGGGCCGGCGUUCCAGACCAUCCAGUUUACCUACUAUCCUAUGCAAAAGUAUCGUACUCGUAUUGCAAUGACGCAUCUUUUUCCUAAGGUAAAUCAGCAUUACAGUUUUGAUUUCUCAUGCUGAGAAAUGCAUUUAUACGAGUGCGAUACUUUUGCAAUUCAUACCUACUGCAAAGCUAAAAAAACUGUGACAAAGGUAAGUAACUACUACACUUGUUUCUGUUUUCUUACCUCGUAGUGGACGAUCAUCUGGAUCUUUGCAACACGCAAGCGAUAUUUUCGACUUGCGUCUACUGUAGAAGUACUGACGCACUCUUUCCAUUUUUCGUCCAGCCGCAGAAGCGAAUCUUUUCUCAUACCGCAGUGGCGAAUAAACAUUGGGGUCCAAAUACAAAACGAUGGCACUACAUUUAGCAAUAGACAGAGAUCAUCAAAAAUAAAUACUGGCCAUUUAAAUUUAUUUUAUCUUCAGAUUGCCGUGCCUACCUGGUACGAUGGCAGCAAGGAAAUUGCGCCCAACAAGUUUCUGCAAGAGCGGGUGCGGGCGAACGAGUGCUUGGGGCGGACCGGGUUUUUUCACUGGCCAGCAUUGGAAACGUAUCCACGAAAAAAAUUGUCGCAGGAGUUUCCUUACAAAUUUGUUCGAAUUUUUUCACCCGCAAGACAACGUUGCUCUGCAUGACCAAGAAAACUUGUAAUGAGCAGGAGAUUAUAAGGAAAAAACGAAAAGGAAAAGAAACACGCACCACAAAAUGAGGCUGACAACGUGCAAUUCCGGCAUGACAGCUGUUGUCUGUCUUGCUUGCCUUGCCGCACGGUGUGCAGCUCCUGUUUCACUUUUUUCUGUGCAUAAAACGCCGGAAGCCAAAAAUUACGUCCGAGAAAAAGUGUACAAGAACGACGAAUAUGCAUUGCAAAUAUAUGUCUGGGUCUGAAAGGUUGGAACUUGUAAUGCUGGUCUUGCAAUACUGUGAAGUGAAAUCUGUAUUGCAUGACCUAGAAGCGCCGCAGUGUCUUCUGUCACACAAAAACGAGGAGGUUUCUCAUGCAGACCGAGUAGGAAAAAGAAAAGCAAAAAAGAAAAACCGUUGGGCAAAUUUGUCAUGCACAGUUCAGCAUCACAUUUAUCUUCAUGACCUUCCAGACCCAGACAUCACAUGUUUGCAUUUGAUAGCCAACGAGUUCCCCUGGCCCGAGGGUACCCACUGAGCAAGCUCCUCCUCAAAGUGGACAAUGCGCCCGAUACCAGCGAUAAGCUCAACGGCGGCGAGGACGUCAAGGAAGGCGACGAAGUGAUGAUGCGCGGGCAGUUAUACUGAGCAAAAACCUCCCCACCCCGGAGUCAAAAUGCGAAUUGUGCAAUACAAAUCCAGACGUUUUGGAAGGCACACAUGACAAGUUGCAGGAGUCCGUAGGGCGGUAGUGGAGGUUAUUAAUAGAUGAAGCAUGGACAGUUGCAUGACAAAUCCACCUGCUCAUCCUGUUUACAGCAUCACAAAUUCCAAAACACGACUGAAAAUGCCGCCCAUGGGCUUUUGCGCGUCACAGAUGCUCCUGUCAUUGCAAUUCUGCAUGAAAGCUCUAGGGUGGGGACGUUUUCACGCAGGAUAGCAGUACAAGUAUACUUCGGUUGGCGUUGCGUGGGACAACCCCCUGGAUUCGAUCCAGGAAAUCGGCGGCAAAUAUCAAUUGCAAAAAUAUGUCUGGGUCUGCAAAAGCUGUUGAACCUGUAUUCGUGUGUCUUGCAUUCCUGACUAAAAAUCUGUAUUGCAUACGCAGCAAAAGCGGCAUAGGUACUUUCGUCAUGCAAAAAAGUUGCAGUUUGUUAUGCGUGCUGCGCAUGAGAAAGCGAGUGAAAAACUUGUCAUGCUUCACUGCACCUAAAGGCGCACUCAAUCAUGAGCAUUCAGCAUUACAAGUUUCCAGAUUUCCAGACAUAUCUGCAGUCCAUACACGCACGGACACCCCCAAGGCGUACACCAAAGGUGAAGGUGCGGAUAGCAAAUUGCCGCUCCGUCUCAUCUAUGGAUUGCAAAAGUAUCGUACUCGUACGUGACAAAUUUCCUUAGCAUGAGAAAUGAAAUUUGUAAAUGCAGAUUGACCUUAAGAAAAAGAUUUCUAAUGCAUAAUUGCGAUUACCACGAGUGCGAUACUUUUGCAGUGCAUAUCAUCAUCUCCGAUUCCCGGGCGCGGGACUACCCCCGCCUGGAUCUAUCCCCUGCAAAUAUGUCUGGGUCUGGAAAUUUGUCAUGCAAGUCAGUGAAGACUUAAACUUCCUACGGACAUGAGAAACUGCGUUUUUGCAUGUCAUGCAAGUGGAGCUGCUCCGAUGGGGAUGGCCGCCCUACGCAGCACAGAGCCCAGAGUCGUGGCAGACAAGCAUCACAAAUCUCGCACUCUUCCAGCCCCAGACAUAUUUGCAGUUGAUACGAUCUGAACUACAUCGAUGUGGCCCCGACCUGGCAUCUUCCCUACGUUCGAUCGGUAUAUUCUUUCAAUUUGCUCCCUGCUCUUUAUUUGAAAAUGUAGUUAGGAAUGACAAUGAACGUACAGGAGGUCAUGGCUUUCUAUGUUCAGGCUUAUCCACCUUCAGAAAAAUAAUCGAUACACCCCAGGCUGCUUCGGUGGGUGGGUCGCAGGGAAACGAACACUUCGUGCCCUUGGAGGACUGCUGUCAGUACGUAAUUCAGAUGAUGCGCGACGAAAAUUACCUCACCGUCGACGGUCGAGUCUCCAACACCGAAAUGUAUAAAUAGCGCCGUGCUUGUUCUGCUUGUUCUUGUUGCUAAUUCGAGAACUGGACUCUUCAUUUGUGUAGUCGUGCAUGGCAUAUUAAUGGCCAAUGCCGGAAAAGUGUAAAUAAAUCACGUUUUCCUUUCUAAUUCUCCCCUGCGACCACGUACUAGGCGUUUCUUGGAACCUGGUUCAACAUCAUCGACAAUUGAUUCAAAAGCCAUUCUAUAUUAUCCACAGGCUCGCCGUGACCAACUGCGUGGUGUUUGCCUACUCCAUGCAUGACCAUUUUUAUGCCAUGAAAAGAAUCGAGAAAUAAAGCGGAAGACAACUCAAUUGAAACUGGUGUCCUGCACGUCGUGUCCUCUGGUAUGGGCGGUACUUCUACGCUCUGAUUUGUAGUUAAGCUUUUCAUGAAUGAUGAUGAACACAUGCGGUGAUCUCGUCGUCGUGACACCUUCAACCAGGUAUUCUUGAAGCUUUCUGCCACAUCAAAAUAAGAUAAAGCAAACAUAGAAGACAGGGUCUCGUCCCUUCCGCUUUUUUGUUUCUGCAUACCCGAGAAGGCAAACCGAACACCAGGGAGAACUCCGGGUCCUCUGGCGGUUCGGGAGGAGGUGGAGCGCAGGGAACCGCAACCGGGUCGCAGUAAAACGAUGAGAAAGAAAGGAGUCAUGUAAGUUGUUGUGGGCUCGUUUAAUAUCAAACGCGAGCAAUUUUCUCAGCUUUUAUUAAGUUUUCUUAUGAGAUGUUGACUCCAAUUGAUUCUCUUUCUCACACAUGAGGAGAAAGCGGACUUCUCGAAGAACAAGCAUAUUAUUGUUUUUGCAGAAUCGUCGAUGUUGUCAUUCCACGCUGGAACGAGGAGCAAAGCGUUAUUUUUCGAUUUCAACUUUUCAAGUCUUACUCUUAGCAACAAACAACUCAGAUUUUCAUUUUUUUUUGUUUUUCACUUUCACAAAUCAUGCUGUAAAUUUUUUGUUUUGCCGAUUUUUACAGAUAGUACCUAACUUUUGUUUUUAGCUUACAUUGUUAACAUUUCUUCAAAACCUUUCCUUUUACUGUAACCAAAAAUAUUUGAUCCUAGAUGUUUUGUUUGCGCCGUUUCAGAAAAAUGUACAACUACAAAUUUUUUCGGUCUGCCUUUAUUACACUUGCAAUUUUAUGAUUGGAUAUUGGAAUAAUUCUGUACCUUAAACGUUAUCUUGACUGCUAUCAGAAUCAGAUUCAGAAUGUUCAUGGGUGAUAUUGAAUAUGGAGUAUAAAAAGACCAUUGCACCAAUCAUUUCUCUGGCGCCAGUUCUUGCAUGAGUCUGUGGUGUGACGUCCGGUGUGAGAAACUUUUCCUCUGGUGAUUACCAAACACAAGAAAAGCUUAUCAUUUUGGGAUUGUGAAAUAAACUUUGCACCCCCGGUUUACAGCGCAAGAGGGCAACAAGAGUGUGAUGGUCUUUUUUUACUGAAUACAGAAUGCCUAAAGCCGCCUACUUACACUGUACACUAUGGACAGCCGAUGUUUCGCUGUUAUGUUUGAUUUGUAUCUACCGCAUCUUUUAUUUCUAACAAAGAAUGCUGCAACAAGCCAAUCUCCAUCGAUGACUCAAACAAACUGUACACUAAAAAAGGAGAUCCUGAAAAAAGUUGGAACCAGGCGACUGCAAU